UAAACCCUCGCCGCCCAAUUCCGUCCGGCUCCUCCCACUUCCCCACCCCGGUCACCGGCGCCGUCGCCGUCGCGGAGAAGAAACCUCGACGAUGUCUCUGGCCCGCCUCGGCCAGUCGCUGGCCCGCCGCCUCCACCGGCCUCUCCACCUGCCUCCACCGCCGCCGCCAGAUCACUAUGCCACCGUUUCCCGGUCUUUCGCUCCGAUCCACGCGAACACAUGUGCAAGAGGCUUCGCAACCUUAACGUACAAUUACAAUGGCGGGGGCGUGAUAUCUGGCAAGUUUGGAGGGCCGUCGCAUGUCCACGCCGCGCAGGUUCUAGAGCUUGUAGUCCACCUAAAUCAUGCAAGACCAAUGUCGUCAGGAGCAGGAGCAGCCCCAAAACCACCAUCCCUGUCCGAAGGCGUUUCUUUUGGUGGUUACAAGGUUGCUUUGAAAGCUGACAUGCCGAGCCCUGGUUUUGUCUUUGAGCCAUACCGUGUCCCGGAACCUAUCCCACUUUGGAAAAGAUUGUUUACACCAAGUGGCUGGAGUAGAACAAAGGAGGAUGCUAUUCUGCAGUUCAUGAAUGCAUUUACUGUGUCAAGGUUGAGGAAGAAAAUCGGAUAUAACAAAAAACAGUUCCAGGAGCAAGCGUUUAAUAUAUACAAGGAGGUUAACAAGCUUAUUGCACGAGGAGACAUACCAUCUCUCCAGAAAGCUCUGACAGAUGAUAUGCAUUCUACUGUCAAAAAUGAAAUAAGGAAAAGACAAUCCAAGUGGAAAUCUGUACACUGGGAAUUGGUGGAGCCUGCUGUAAGCAUAAGAACUUUGAGGGCUCGUAUGAUUAGUCUUGAUAAGAAUGACCUUAAUAAAGCUUACGUACAGCUUACGCUUGAGUUCAUCACUAAGCAGAAAUUUGAAGCCUAUAAUACAAAAAGAGAGGUUGUGUCAGGAGACAAGUCAAAGGAGGUGCUGGUGAAAGACAUAUGGGUGUUUGAAAGAUCCCUUUUCCACCCUGGAGCAUACUGGCGCGUGUGUGCGCGAAUCACGCUGUAAUAAUCUCCUGGCAAGCACAUUCCAUCCCGCAUGAGUUGAGCGAUGGCUUUUAUUAUGCACAGUAGUUUGAAUAAAUAUUUUGCCCUGGCGCCCUUUUCUCCCUUCUCCUGUCUAACUGAUGUAUAACAAGAUCCCUAGACACAGACAGUAAAUGGUAGGUUAUUUCUUGUUCCUUGGGGAACUGUCAGCUGAGCUGAAGAUACAGGUUGGGUAAGUAACCUGGGCUUAUUCCCUUGGGAGGUUUUCUUUACUGUUGCCAGAUUUC